AGAUCCACUGUCAUUGGUUCUGUUUGCCUCAGUGUUCGUGCGGUAUAACCUGGGCCCAGGUGUGGCCGUGGAGCUGCAGGAGGAGUCGAGUGUGGCUGAGCUAAAGGAGGUGGUGGGGAGUCAGCAGGGAGUCCGACCUGAGAACCUGAGGGUUCUGUUCGCUGGGAGGGAGCUGAGGAGCACUGCCACACUGCAGAGCUGUGACCUCCCGGAGCAGAGUACCAUUCAUGUUGUCCUCCCGCCAUCAGGUUCCUCCUGUCUGCUCCUCCUGCAGGAGAGAUUGGCUAAAGGAGGACAGGAGGAGCAGGGCCGGCUGACCAGGCUGGACCUCAGCUCCUCGCGCCUCCCCUCCACCUCCUCCGGACUGGCUGUGAUCCUGAAGGGGAGUGAUGGAGGAAGAGGUGAUGGAGAAGAACAAGGAGGAGGUGAAGAGGUGACAGAGGAGGCUCAGGCUGCACCUCUGAAAGGUGUGCGUACCCGCAAUACUUUCUUUGUUCACUGUAAGAGCUGCAGCUCGGUGCAACCAGGAAAACUGAGAGUUCGCUGCAGGAGGUGCAGACAGACGACGCUGACACUCAGCAGGGGUCCUUCCUGUUGGGAUGACGUUCUCCUUCGAGGUCGUAUCCAUGGUGUGUGUCAAUCAGAUGGUUGUCAAGGAAAUGAAGCGGAGUUCUACAUGAAGUGUGCGUCCCAUCCGACCUCAGAUGACGACCACUCUGUGGCCCUCGACCUCAUUAUGACCAACAGCAGAGACGUCCCCUGUAUCGCCUGCACUGACGUCAUGUAACACACACAGUAACACA